AUGAGAUUCGCAAACUUUAUUUCCAAGUUGCUUCCCUGGUUAGUUCUGGCAAAGGCCGCACUUGCACAGAAUACGCUUCAACAGACAUGUACAGGCUUGAAGAGCUUGUCAGCCUGCAAGUUCGAGUUUUCUGUGCCUUAUGGUGUCAACGUGACUAUGAAGACAGUUCCCGAUAAAAAGUAUGACGAGUGCAAGUCCAAGGAGAAAUAUAAGAAGCCUUGCCCUACACCUAAAAAGCCUAAGGCCAUGUGCGAUGCAUGGAGAUGUGUUCCAGGAUGGAUUGAUACAACCAAGCAAGUCAUCACAGGCUUGGAAGUUCUCACCAAAAAGUUCAACCUCUGCGACACUGUCCGAAAGAUCUUGGGUCAGCCCCAAGGCGAUAGCUUCAUCAAGUCUUCCAACGCAAUCUGCCAGUGCUUUCCCCGUAUUGGUGAAUUGAGUGCAACAUCAGGCUUCAAGUCGUUUGACCAGGGUGUUUUAUCGACCGCAGAUUCAAAGGAUGUCAACCAAGUCGUGAAAGUCCAAAAAUGUAUGAAUGAUUCGGGCUUCAAGACAGCUGAUGACCGGGACAAAGUCAGAAAGACCCUCCAGUCCAUGGCAAAGCCCAAGGUGCUUAUCCUCGAGGGGCCUGAGAUCAACGAAGACAGCUAUUCUAAGCUUAUGGCUAUAAGCAAAUCCUGUAAACCAGGGUCCUCAUGUACCGGCAUGCAGAUUCAAGAGACCAUUCAGAACCUUUUUACCCCAUACAUGGCCGACAUUGCCCGGCAGUUCCGAGAGGGGCUGUUCGUUCCGUGGGUUCCCUUUCUCCAAGACCUGCUACUUAUCUCCAACGACUUUAAUCUGGCGUCUCAAAAUCUCGGCUCGCCUUUUAUCAGCUUCCGGUCCAGGUUUGACUAUGCAACACAAACCUCUUGUGUUGAGCUUGGUAGCUGCGAUGGACCUGCGGUGUCCUCGUUUUUCAAGCAAGUCGGCGAUGUAGUUAAGAGCACCCAACUUAUUUACCAUAUGAGUGUCCCGGAAACAUCGAGUAAUCUACUUACAACAUACAUCAAGGAGGCACAGGACGCUAACGAACUCGCCGAAGCACUCCCGGACGAGUCUGCAAGUGCUGAUCUGUUCAGAGGGGGCGAGAUUAAAACUGUUCAAGACCUGUUCAUGUUCGUACCCACCAUCGACCGCACAUUCCUCCUCCAAAGGAAGAUAGGGUGGAUAGUUGACUUUUACGCGGGCUACUCGGCCGAAAACCGAGGUCUUGUUACCUCGACAUACAACUCCCUGGUAUCUGUUGCCGAUUCAAGCUCAUCUGCUAUAGAAUUAGAACUUAACGUCCAAGAACACCCCGAAAACGACAGCUUGCUGCAGCAGAUAAUCAUGAUGAAGUGGAUCAUGAAGGGGGAGAUUCAAGGGCAUCUUUAUACUAUGAAGAGAGCUCUUGAGCGGUACGAUGACUCAAUCGCCAAGUCAUCAUUUGGUCCUGGCAAGUCUGGUGUUGUCAUGGAGCCGAGUGCCAUUAGCUACCAGCGAUGGACCAAGAUUCCCAAGAUGGCGAUGCCUUGCUCGAAGCAAGUCACCAAGACCUUCAAUAAGGCGGGGUUCACUAAGACGUUUUCGUUCACGGAGUAUUCCAAGUGUAUGGUUGAAGGCGCAACUGCAUAUUAUCCCAAGCUUCAGAUCCCUUACAUUCGGUUGGCGUUGUAG